AUGGAAGAUGAGGUAGUGAAGCGUUCAUAUCACACAAGAAGUAGAGGUGGAAAGGAGAAAUUAGUGCAGGACACGGUUUUUUCAGAUGACUCUUUGGUUACAGACGAUGAAGAAUACGGGGAUAUUGCCCCAGAUAUCGACGAUGAUGUCUUAGAUGAAGAAGAGGAAGCUGAGUUAAAGGAAUCUCUAAUGCAGGCGAACGCUCCUGCUCCUCAAGUGAAUCCUCUUUUGAGUCGGAAAUCGAAGAAAAGUUCUUCUUCUUCUAGAUCUGCUGCUGCUGCAACUGCUGGUAGUGGAAUGAACCAUAAUCUAGCAGCAAAGGAUGAUAUCCUUCAUGCACAUUUGGACGAUAUUCCCCCUGAUUUUGAGCCUGACGUUGUUUCAGGAAUGUUCAAGACUAACGAUUUCAGCUACUUAAAAUUGAAGCCGGAUCAUGCCUCGCGGCCUUUAUGGAUAUCGCCUAACGAUGGACGUGUGAUCUUAGAAUCAUUCUCUCCAUUGGCAGAACAAGCACAGGAUUUUCUUGUGACGAUCGCAGAACCCGUUUCUAGACCAUCUCAUAUUCAUGAGUACAGAAUUACGGCUUACUCUUUGUAUGCUGCGGUUUCGGUUGGUUUGGAAACUGAAGAUAUCAUAGCAGUAUUGGACAGAUUGUCCAAGGUUCCUGUUGCACCUUCGAUUAUCAACUUCAUUAAGAGUGCAACUGUAUCAUACGGUAAGGUGAAAUUGGUCAUUAAGCAUAAUAGAUAUUUCGUGGAAACUUCUCAAGCUGAUAUCUUGCAAAUGUUGUUAAACGAUCAAAUCAUUGGUAAUCUAAGAAUCGAUACCGAUGCUGCAGUGGAUGCUGCGGUUAAGAAAACCAUGGCGAAUAAGAUGGUAGAUGCAGAGGGAGUGGAUCCUAACGAUGUGGAAGCUGUCUUUUCAGCUGUCGUGGGGGCCAAUAAGGAACUUGAAGAAGAAGACGAUGAUAUAGAUGCGGUUCAUGCUUUCGAAAUUGACAAUGCAUCUGUCGAAAUUGUGAAGAAAAGAUGUCAAGAACUUGACUAUCCGGUGUUGGAAGAAUAUGAUUUCAGGAACGAUCGAAGAAAUCCAGAUUUAGAUAUCGAUUUGAAACCAUCAACUCAAAUCAGACCAUAUCAGGAAAAAUCCUUGAGCAAAAUGUUCGGUAACGGUCGUGCAAGAAGUGGUAUUAUUGUGUUACCAUGCGGUGCUGGUAAGACUUUGGUCGGUAUCACAGCGGCAUGUACUAUCAAAAAGUCUGUGAUCGUGCUUUGUACUUCGUCAGUGUCAGUCAUGCAAUGGAGACAACAAUUCCUUCAGUGGUGUACGCUCCAGCCUGAAAAUGUUGCCGUCUUCACAUCAGAUAACAAAGAAAUGUUCCAAACUGAAUCUGGUCUGGUGGUCUCGACUUAUUCCAUGGUUGCUAACACUAGAAAUAGAUCGUACGAUUCUCAAAAGGUUAUGGAUUUCUUAACGGGUAGAGAAUGGGGUUUCAUUAUUUUGGAUGAAGUACAUGUCGUACCUGCAGCCAUGUUUAGACGUGUUGUGUCCACUAUUGCCGCACAUGCAAAAUUAGGUUUAACUGCAACUUUGGUGCGUGAAGAUGACAAGAUUAGUGAUUUGAAUUUCUUGAUUGGUCCAAAACUUUACGAAGCUAAUUGGAUGGAACUUUCACAGAAAGGUCACAUUGCUAAUGUGCAGUGUGCGGAAGUUUGGUGUCCAAUGACUGCAGAGUUUUACCAAGAAUAUCUAAGAGAGAAUGCGAGAAAAAGAAUGCUACUAUAUAUUAUGAAUCCAACCAAGUUCCAGGCGUGUCAAUUUUUGAUUCAAUAUCAUGAAAAGAGAGGUGAUAAAAUUAUCGUCUUUUCAGAUAACGUCUACGCUCUUCAAGAAUAUGCUUUGAAGCUAGGUAAGCCUUUCAUUUACGGUUCCACGCCACAACAAGAGCGUAUGAAUAUUUUGCAGAAUUUUCAAUAUAAUGACCAAAUCAAUACCAUUUUCUUAUCAAAGGUUGGAGAUACUUCGAUUGAUUUGCCAGAGGCGACUUGUUUGAUCCAAAUUUCGUCUCAUUACGGGUCUAGACGUCAAGAAGCACAAAGAUUGGGUAGAAUUUUAAGAGCUAAGAGACGUAACGAUGAAGGGUUCAACGCCUUCUUCUAUUCUCUAGUUUCUAAAGAUACUCAAGAAAUGUACUACUCCACAAAGAGACAGGCAUUUUUAGUUGAUCAAGGUUAUGCUUUCAAGGUUAUCACCCAUCUACAUGGUAUGGAAAACUUGCCUAAUCUAGCAUAUUCUUCUGCUAGAGAACGUAGAGAACUUUUGCAAGAAGUUCUUCUCAAAAACGAAGAAGCUGCAGGCAUUGAAGCAGGUGAGGAUAACGAUAGCUACAUUUGGAAGAAUGGUGGGAACAAGAGACCAAGGAACAAAUCUAAGGCUGUUAAGAGCGAAGGAUCUUUGGCUGGUUUGGCUGGUGGUGAGGAUAUGGCAUACCUAGAAUACAGUUCCAAUAAGAAUAAAGACUUAAGAGAUCAUCAUCCAUUGAUCCGUAAAAUGUACUAUAGAAGUGCAAAUAAAUGA